AUGCUCUUUUCUAGUCUCAUGUCUGCAUCAGAAACGCAAAUGAGGGAGCUUCUCGGAGACAAGUCAAAUGUUCAAAUAGGAGACUUGUACUUCGUGACAGUUAUGGCAAGCUCAUUGACUGGGUUUCCUCGACAGCCGACAUUGUAUGCGCUGGCUGCAUACAUCUAUGCACAAUCUCAAUUCAUUCGUGAAGAAGAGUUUUCUGAUGGACCGGAGUUUAUUAAUACGGCCUUUCGAGUGGCGUUGGGGAUGGGUCUGCAUAGGAACCUGGCAACAGCAGGCUUUACCGUUGCAGAGCAGGAGACGAGAAAGCGGCUUUGGUGGUAUAUCCUCCAUUUAGAUAUCAUGUCCUCGUGUUCAUCAGGGCUUUCGCCAUUGUUUGUCGAUGACAAGAUGGAUAAUAUCGACCCUAUCGUGCUGAUGGAUAAACUUGGCGGAGAGGGAAACAAUGGCACAGCCUCAGAUAUCCGUUACCUCGUCGCUGCAACGCGAUACGAUACGACGAAAACAAUCCGAGGAAUCUUGAUUGGGCAUUUUGAAGACAAAUAUACAUCAUCGGCUAGAGUCAAUGAUGCAGCCAAGGAUCUCGAUGCAUUAUCGAAAAGGAUCAAAAAGGCUGUUAGCCGUGUACUUGCAGUUGGGAGCCAAUUGCCUAGACAGCAGCUCCUGGACAUUUACCGUACAGGGAGGUUUGAGCCUGGUGAACCCGCUGUCCCUGCGCUCUCGUUUGGCAGCUCCUGGGCCGCUGAAGCUGACCAAAAGCAACCUGAGGUCGUAGCCUUCGCGGCCUGGGCAGCUAGUUUGCUCCACCUGAUGAUGCAUAAAGCGUACUGCGUGCUUUACUAUCCACUGGCGAGGGAGACGACUGGCCACCUGGGGGCCGAUAUCCGAGAAACAGCCGUCAAACAUGCUCAAGCAUUCAUCCAGCUUUUUAUCCGAGUCUGCGAUGCUCCAUUCUCCCGACCUUUUCACUGGAUGUACCCCGGAACGUACCAGCCUUUGCAGUCCAUGAGUCUCUUACUUGCUGAUCUCCUCUCAUCCCCGCACAGUGAUGAAGCAUCAACCUCUCAGGGCCUGGUCGACGCAAUCUUUGAGCUGUACCAGAUUGACCAAGGGGUGAUGGGAACAGUUGAUGCACCCAGGAGGAAGCUCAGUCCGUCAGGACAACAAGCUUGGUCAAUGCUAGGGCGCGUGCGCAGAAAGGCAUUAGAGCAGAUGGAUCAGGAUCCGCAUGUGGCUUUUCCUUCGUCUUUGGCCAGCUCAAAUACUUGUAUCUGUGGCGAGAGCCUUGUCCACGCAUGUCUUUUGGAAGAGAACGAGAAGCAGGAGGAAGUUAUCCCUGAAGAGCCGUCGAUAGUAGGGCUAGAACCUGAUCUAGAAAUGGGGCUGGAGACGUCGGUUGAGGCCGCAGAUGUGAGGUUCGACUGGGAAGACUGGGAUGCUUUUCUCGGCAAUUCGGCUGGAGCGAUGAUAUAG